AUUUUAACUAUUUUUAUGGUGGAUUCUUACAUUAAUUUUGACAGAAAGUAACUGGAAUAGUCUUUGACAGGAAACUAAAGAGAAGUUAGAUUCUUUUCAGUUUUGUCUUGCAUCAAAAGACAACUUUUGUCUUACAUCAACUUUACUCUUACCUAGGGUUUAACAAAAUAGUAGGGGAGCACACAUGGUUGUCAGUUUAAAAUGUCUCAUUUCCUGUCAGUGAGGAAAGCGUCAGUUUCAACAUCUCAAAAAGGUGGGGUUUUCUGCUCUUAGUUCCUGCUUUCCUUCAGUCAACAUAAUGUUAAGCCUAAAAGGUUAAUCUUCAAACUUUUAAUACAUCUUGAUACCAAACCGGGUUAUCCUUGUAGAGUCACAGUGUGAAACAUCAGGUGUACGUAACAGAAGAUCUGAGGACAAAAUGAUCAGCUUUACCUUCAUUAUUUUUCUGCCAAUGGCAGCAAUCAGCACAGUAAAAUCUGAGCUGCAACUCAACACCACAGACAUGACAACAGGCAACAUGACCCAAAACACCCAGUUGGCAACACGACAGCUAUCAACUUUACAACAGCUGUCAGAGAUCCCAUCAGUCAACACAACAACUACCAGUGUUGAUAGGACUACACCAGAGGACCCAAGAACCUCUACUCCUUCACUGCAUAGAACUCGGAUGACGCCUCCAGGAAUACUUUCAGUAAAUAGUGAGACAGCACUAACUCUCACCAGUUCAUCAAAUACACCAACUGUUAAGUCUAACAUUUGGAAAUCCAUAACAACGACUCUGACUAGUCAGACCAGUCAGCGAAUCAAAAAUUCAACAGCCCCUCCGAUGCUAAGCAACAUUACACAAAACCGUGGCACACAGAGAACAACAACCUCAAAGAUCAGGCUAAAUGAAGUGACCUCCUCAUUUAUACCUACAUCCACAUUGACGGCCAUUCAUACGCAAACCACGUCAAUCAAGCCUGAAGAAAGAAAAUCUAAAAGUACCAAGCGAGUUCCAGGUGGUGACACAACACAACCCUCAGAGACACCAAUCGUUGACAAGGCAGAGAAAAAUGGUUCACAACACGGCAAAGUUGUGGCAGCAAUAAUAGGUUCAAUGCUGUCACUGAUGAUUGUAGGAUUUCUGCUCAUUUGCAUCAGCAAACAGAGACUUCAGAAGAAGCAGACGACUACUAGCUGGGCAGGUCCUUCGCCACUACUGGAUGGGGAAGCUAACAAUGGCAAUGCGGUAUUGGGAUCAUCCAACCGAAUUUCCCUGACCAGUUUUCUGCCUCACAGACUUUCAAAAACAUUCUCUUUACUUCCAGAAACAAAUGAGAUGACGGAUAUUACUUCAAGAGCCACAUUAGAAGAAAAACACCAACGAAGCACCUUUGGUCAAGCUAUUGAUAGAAAUGAUGCACAAGAAAAAUAGUUCACAGCUGCUGUUCCAGAAGAGAACACUGGAAGUGAAACUGAAGAGAUAGCUGUAAUGUCUGCCGCAGAGUUCUCUUUAGUGAACCAACAGUCAUCCUCAAACACAGUUAUUCUGGGUUUCCAGCUUUCACGGAAAAACAAAAGGUAGCCAUCCAUGGUCAUAAGGCCUCUUAUAAAUCUCGAAUCAAAUCUGAAAGCUGUAUACACUUAGUUUCCUGUCUGAGACUGGAUGUUGGGGCACUGUGAAAAUUUGUGUCAUGUUUCUUAAUAAACAUUAAAACAGCUAUUACCAUUAUGCUCACAUCAGCACACAGAAACUAAACCUACAUCAACAAAUAUGACUAUCAGAAAUGAUCUGAAUCUUUUUUUUCUUGUGGAAUUUACUUAGAUAGUACAAAAUGCAACUGCAUAUGUUUAGAUCUAUCUUGCACUUUAAUGAAAAGCAGAAGGAAGUGUUGUAAGAGGAACACACAGCAAGAUACAAUGUUGCUGGCAUGCCACAUGCUUGAUUUGCUCUCAACACAGUAAUACAGAAUCACUAUGAACAAAAGAUCUUCAGAACACAGUCACGAGACCAUAUGCAAGGAGAUAUAAACUUAAUAGGUAGGAUAUCCUCAUAGGACCUAGAAAACUAAAUAUAAAGUUUUUCAAUCAGGCAUUUCUUCUUUAACCACUUCAAAGAUGUUUCAUAACAAAGGGCAACACAAAUGCUUCUUUGUCAAAGCUCUGUUUAGAGUCAGCUGUGUUUUUAAAUGUAGAAAUGGUUGUUCAAUAUGGUGGAUAGAUGGAUUAAUAUCCAUCCAUCCGUUAAAUCUGUUAUCUUAAACGCUUAAAAAUUAGUUCAGGCAUGUGUUAUUCUACUUGCUUUGAUCUAUUCAAUUUUAUGAAAAAGAGAAAUAUGGAUAAUUUAUAAGGUGAGUUAUCUGGAGCACACAAACUUAUUUUUUAAAGUGAAACAUGAUCAAAUUUAUGGAUUGUAUUCAAUUCAAAAAUGGUCAAAUUAUGUACAGAGCAAAACCACGGUUGCCAGAAAAUAACAAAAAACUUCUCCUAAAGAAGAGGUUCAGGGGAGAAGAACAUUUUAGAAAACAAUAUUAAAUUUUAGAAAACAAAGCACGGACAAAAAUGAAGAUAAUCUGCAAUAGUAUUUUAUGCUGUGUAAAUUUUAAUAAAUUUUUAAAAAUGAUUAGUGCAAAAACAUAUGAUUGUAACAUUGUUUUAAGUACAAAAAGGGCUUCCAGUGGCAUGUUGUUGAGUGAUAUUAAAUGAGUGCAGGUGUUAUGCAUGUAUAUCGCAUUAUAAAGAAUAGAAAAUAGUUUUGGUUGUUUUGAAGUUGUACUGUCAUCUUCCAUGAGUCUGUUGAUUGUGCCGAUGCUGUAGACUACAGUCUAAUAAAUUAUUUGUGUAAAUAAGACUUUUGAAAGUGUAGAGUGAAUAUUUGUGACAUGGAUAUCAAAUUGCAUGAAUGAAUAUUUAUAGCUUGGGAAGUAUUUGGAUCCUUUAGUCAAAACUGAAAUGUACAAAGAAACUGGAUGAGUUAGUUCGGGAUAAGAUUUAAUAAAUGGUGGCAACAGAGGUAUUCGGUUAGUAUUACUAUUUUUAUGUCAUUAUUUCUCUAAGUUGACAUUUGUUUUUAAUGUUGGAAAUAAAAUGUCGUUAUCAUCGUCA